AGAGGAGCUCCUGGGCUCUAUGAAUACUUGGAGUCCGUGGCAGAAACCAGGGUUGGGGCAGGGCGUGUCCCAGGAGUGAGCCCAGCUCUGCAGUCCUGUGCAGGGUAGAGAGCUAUACUUGGGCUGGCACCAUGGCCGAGUUCAGGGUCAGGGUGUCCACAGGGAAGGCCUUCGGGGCUGGCACAUGGAAUAAAGUGUCUGUCAGCAUCGUGGGGACCCAGGGAGAGAGCCCCCGGCUGCCCCUGGACCAUCUCGGCAAGGAGUUCAACGCUGGCGCUGAGGAAGACUUCCAGGUGAUGCUCCCAGAGGAUGUGGGUCCAGUGCUGCUGCUGCGCGUGCACAAAAUGCCCCCAGCGCUGCCCUGCCUGCCCUGGCCCCUGGCCCAGGAUGCCUGGUUCUGUCGCUGGUUCCAGUUGACACCACCGCAGGGCAGCCCCUUCCUCUUCCCCUGCUACCAGUGGCUGGAGGGGGCGGGGAGCCUGGUGCUGCGGGAGGGAACAGCCAAGGUGUCCUGGGCAGACAACCACCCCCUGCUCCAGCAACAGCGCCAGGAGGAGCUGCAGGCCCGGCAGGAGAUGUACCAGUGGAAGGCUUACAACCCAGGCUGGCCUCACUGCUUAGAUGAAAAGAGUGUGAAAGACUUGGACCUCAACAUCAAAUACUCCACAGCCAAGAAUGCCAACUUUUAUCUACAGGGUGGCUCUGCGUUUGUAGAGAUGAAGAUCAAGGGGCUGCUGGACCGCAAGGGGCCCUGGAGGAGUCUGAAUGAGAUGAAAAGGAUCUUCCACUUCCGGAAGACCUCAGCAGCCGAGUACACUUUUCAGCACUGGCAGGAGGAUGCUUUCUUCGCCUCCCAGUUCCUGAAUGGUCUCAACCCCGUCCUGAUCCGCUGCUGUCACUGCCUCCCAAAAAACUUCCCCGUCACUGAUGCUAUGGUGGCUUCAGUGUUGGGCCCAGGGACCAGCCUGCAGGCUGAGCUGGAGAAGGGCUCCCUGUUCUUGGUGGAUCACGGCAUCCUCUCCAACAUGCAUACCAAUGUCAUUAAUGGGCAGCCUCAGUUCUCUGCGGCCCCAAUGACCCCGCUAUACCAGCGCCCAUGUGGUGGGCCCCUACUGCCUCUCGCCAUCCAGCUCAGCCAGACCCCUGGCCCCAACAGCCCCAUCUUCCUGCCCAGUGAUGACGAGUGGGACUGGUUGCUGGCCAAGACUUGGGUGCGAAAUGCCAAGUUCUCCUUCCAUGAGGCCCUCACACACCUGCUGCACUCGCACCUGCUGUCCGAGGUCUUCACCCUGGCCACCCUGCGCCAGCUGCCCCACUGCCACCGUCUCUUCAAGCUGUUGGUCCCACAUACCCGGUACACCCUGCACAUCAACACGCUUGCUCGGGAGCUGCUCAUCGUGCCGGGGCAGGUGGUGGACAGGUCCACAGGCCUCGGCAUUGGAGGCUUCUCUGAGUUGAUACAGAGGAGCAUGAAGCAGCUAAACUAUUCCGCCCUGUGUCUGCCUGUGGAUAUCCGGGCCCGAGGAGUUGAAGACAUCCCAGGCUGCUACUACCGUGAUGAUGGCAUGCAGAUCUGGGGUGCAGUGGAACGCUUUGUCUCUGAAAUCAUCGGUGUCUACUACCCAAGCCAUGAGUCUGUCCAAGAUGACAGAGAGCUCCAGGCCUGGGUCAGAGAGAUCUUCUCCAAGGGCUUCCUCAACCGAGAGAACUCAGGUAUACCCUCCUCCCUGGAGACCCGGGAAGCCCUGGUGCGGUAUGUCACGAUGGUGAUAUUCACCUGCUCAGCCAGGCACUCGGCUGUCAGUGCGGGGCAGUUUGACUCCUGUGCUUGGAUGCCCAACCUGCCACCCAGCAUGCAGCUGCCACCACCCACCUCCAAAAGCCAGGCAACACCUGAGAGCUUCGUCGACACCCUCCCACCUGUCAAUGCCACAUGUGAUGUCAUCCUUGCUCUCUGGUUGCUGAGCAAGGAGCCUGGAGACCGAAGGCCCCUGGGCACCUACCCAGAUGAGCACUUCAUUGAGGAGGCCCCAUGGUAGAGUAUCACCACCUUCCAGAACCGCCUGGCCCAGAUCUCAAGGGAGAUCCAGGAGCGGAACCGGGGCCUGGCACUGCCCUACACCUACCUGGACCCUCCUGUCAUCGAGAACAGCAUCUCCAUCUAAACCCGGGAACACGGCCCAGAUGACAUCCUUUGACCACAUCACUCUAGAAUAACUGGCACGCAGAGUAAAGGACUUCUCGGAAAAACAGGCCCCCAUGUGCCUCUCCUGGGACAACCAGGCUCUGUGUAACUCAUUCCCACCAUCACACACGCGCGCAUGCACACACACACACACAAAACCAGAAACAAAAUCAAAACAGAGAAACCCAAAAACCCACCAAGAAUAGUCUCGGGACAAUACCACUGAGCCUUUUGGAGGCUCCAAGCCUUGAAGUACCUGCACAGCCCUCUUUGAGGCUUUUGCUAGUUGGUUUUGUUUUGUGUUACACAGCCAUGGGGGGCAUAUACCUGCCCACAGACCCACUAGCCUCCACUGAUUGGACCUUAUGGUCACCUGACUCAAGAACAGUCACCAAGACGUGGCUGCCAAAGACGCUGGACACCAUGGCUCAUGCCUGUAAUCCCAGCACUUUGGAAGAUGGAGCCAGGAGAAUCACUUGAGGCCAGAAGUUCAAGGCCAGCCUGGGCAAGAUGUAAGACACCACCUCUACCAAAAAAUUAAAAUU